AUGGGUGACCGACGGCCGCGACGACCUGAUCACAGGGAUAGAGACCCCAGAGACGACCGCUCACGCAACGAAAGACCUCGCGAUCGUGAUCACCGCGACGUAGGACGUCACGACGAAAGCGACGACAAAGACCGGAACUACCGUCGCAGAGACGAUGACUGGCGAAGAAACGACGACAGAAGCGAACGGGCCGGCCCUCGCAGGCGGGUGAAUGAAGAAGGGGACCUUGGCAACAAAGGAGACCUACCGAGCCGUCGCUCACCUUCCCCAGACAGGAAGGCCAACAACAACAAUCCGCCCAGACCAGAACCUAUGGACGAAGAUGGACACGGCGAUGAGGACGAGCCCGCUGCCGACGACGAGGCCGCCAUGGCCGCCAUGCUAGGCUUCGGUGGCUUUGGCACGACCAAGAACAAAAAGGUUCGGGGCAACGACGUGGGCGCUGUGCGCAAGGAGACCAAGAGCGAGUACAGGCAGUACAUGAACCGCCAGGGUGGGUUCAACAGGCCGUUGAGUCCAGGACGGUAG